GCCUACCGGGGUCACUUCGCGAGUUAUCAAGCACACGAUAGAGAUCGUGCCCGGUAGCAAGAUUCCCAAGGGCCCUAUCUAUCGCAUGUCUCCAAGGGAACUUGAGGAACUAAAAAAACAAUUGUCUGAGUUGACGGAGAAGGGAUGGAUUCRCCCUAGCUCCUCUCCUUAUGGCGCACCUGUCUUGUUUGUGCCCAAAAAGGAAGGUGAGCUGCGCCUUUGCAUCGAUUACCGAGGGUUGAAUGCCGUCACCGUCAAAAACGCCGAACCUUUGCCAAGGAUCGACGAUCUCUUGGAUCAGUUGCAGGGUUGUAAGGUCUUUAGUAAGAUCGACCUUAAGUCUGGGUACCACCAGAUCGAGGUGGAUCCGUCCGAUCAGCAUAAGACUGCGUUUCGUACGAGGUAUGGUCAUUACGAGUUCAUCGUGAUGCCAUUUGGUCUAACGAACGCACCUGCGACCUUUCAAAGGUCCAUGAACGAGUUGUUCAGGCAAUGGCUCGACGACUUCGUCAUCGUCUAUCUGGAUGAUAUUCUAGUAUAUAGUAAAACACUAGGCGAUCACCAGAAACAUCUACGUCUAGUACUCGGGAAGUUACGCGAGGGUAACUUCAAGCUCAACCCAAAGAAAUCCGAGUUCGCUAAGUCUGAGGUCCUAUACUUGGGACAUAUAGUGAACGAGGAGGGAUUGAGGCCUGAGGAAAAGAAGAUCUCGGCAAUCAGAGAUUGGCCACAGCCAAAGACUCUAACAGACCUUCGAUCUUUUCUUGGUUUGGCGAGUUACUAUAGGAAGUUUGUUAGGAACUUUUCUGUUAUCGCUGCACGAAUGAGAAGGUUGCUUAAGAAAGGUACUGUCUGGCUAUGGGAUAAGGAUUAUGAUUUGUCUUUCCGAAAGUUGAAAUAUGCUCUAACUCAUUAUCCUGUCCUCAAGAUUGUCGACCCGUCUCUUCCUUUCAUUGUUACGAUUGACGCAAGUCAGUAUGGUGUUGGCGCUGUCUUACAGCAAGACGACGGCAAGGGCUACCGCCCUAUUGAGUUUAUGUCUAAACGACUGCCGUGCGACAAAGUCGCCAACUCCACCUACGAAAGGGAGUUAUAUGGAUUAGUCUGUGCCCUAGAAACGUGGAAACACUAUCUCCUUGGCAGACACUUCACUGUGUACUCGGACCACUCGACUCUAAAGUGGAUCAAGACACAACCUCGAUUGUCUGACAAGUUGGUGCGUUGGUGUGCUUUUAUUGAUACCUUUGAUUUCGAACUCAAAACAAUUAAAGGUAAGUCUAAUGUUGUAGCAGACGCACUAUCUAGGAGGAGUGAUUUCUUUGGGGCUAUAAUCUCUUACCUGGAUGUUGGGAAUGAUGUGAAAGAUCAGAUUCGCGCUGGAUAUGCCACUGACCCUGUCUGGAAACCAAUCAUGGAUAUCCUAGCCAAGGACCUAUCCCAACUUCCUCACUAUCGAUUGUCUGAUGGCUUACUCUUCUUGUUGGACCAGACGGAACAGAGAUUGUGCAUUCCUCACAAGGAAGAACUUAAAAGUCUAUUGAUUGGGGAAUGUCAUGACACAGAGGGACACUUUGGUUUCAAGAAGACGUAUGCUGAGGUGCGUGAGCACUAUGAAUGGAAGGGUUUAAAAGAGGAUGUACUAACGUAUGUUCGUACGUGCCAAGUAUGUCAGAGAAACAAACCGUCUCAUGAGAACCCUUUGGGUUUUCUCCGACCACUACCUGUUCCGAGUGAGCCAGGUGAGUCUGUGUCCAUAGACUUCAUGAAACUCACCAAGUCUCGAAAUGGCAAUAGUCAAGUUAUGGUUGUGGUUGACCGUUUCUCUAAAUAUGCCAUGUUCAUACCCUUGCCUGCAGAGGCCAAGACUGAGCUUGUGAUUGCUAAAUUUCAGAUGCGAUGGGUAACUGAGUAUGGGUUUCCCAUGUCUAUCAUAUCUGACCGCGAUGUCAGGUUCACAAGCAUGCCUUGGCAGAAGCUGAUGGAGGCCUACGGUACACGACUCACCAUGUCGUCAGGUAGACACCCUGAAACGAAUGGCCAGUCUGAGCAAAUGAACCGUAUGGUCCAACAACUUCUGAGAAUGUAUGUCCGUCCUGACCAAAUAGACUGGGAUGAGAACUUACCCAAGAUUGUCGGUGCAUAUAACAAUAGUGUGCAUACCGCGACGGGACGCACACCUAACGCAUUGCACAAGGGAUGAAAGUCUAAGCGUCCCAUUGAUGUUUUAACCAGGGAUCAGUUUCUUAGACUUCCACCAGGGACAAAGGAAUAUGCCAUUAUGUUUCAGGAAGACAUUAAAAAGGUGAAGGAGAAUCUGAGGAAAACCCAAGAGCGCAUGAUUGAACAAGCUAACAAACACCGCCGCCCGUC